AGACGGAUGUUGCUUAUUCGGCCUUUCUGGCCACGUUUGGAGCCAACACACAUUUAUCCGGAGAGUCGAUACUGCUGUAGCAAACAAAACAACUCGGCGGUGGCAGCCAUUUUGAACGAUCGCAAAAUGAAAUGAAAGCAAACAUUUUAUGUGUCAAAGUAUCUAAUUCUACUAGCGUGAGCCAGGGUUGACACUUCAUCAGAACUUUCUUCAGAAACUAUGAAGGAUCUGCUUUUACCCAAAGUGAUAAUGAACCUCCUGACAGUGUAAAAACGAAGCACAGAGUUUCACCACAAGCUACGGUAGUUACCACAUGGUCUACUGAUUCAGAACCAAAAUGGAACAGUCUACAAGGGUCGUGGGCCUGGACGCGCAAGGCAACAUGCUUUUCACCAUGGUGAAGCCUGUCAUGGGAAUAUUUCAGGUGUCCUCAGACCAAACUGUGACCACAGCGGGAAUGGGUCUGCAGGGCUUAGCCGAAAACACACUUCUCCUGCCUCCACCUCAAGACCAAGUUACACUGGAGAGCACCCAGGUGGAAAUGCAUGCCAUCCAGCCUCAUCUUCAACCUCAAAUGGAGGUUUCUACCCAAGUACAGACUGAGGAAGCCAUUCAGAGUCAGGUAUUGCCACAGAACUCCAGCAACACUGAAGAAUUCGCCACACAAAUGCCCUUUGCAGAGGUGUCAUCACUCCUGGAUCCCAACAUGAAAGGUUCCAAGGCUCGGAAACAUCUCAUCUCCUAUGACGAGAUUAAGCGCCGCCUGCAGGCUCCAGAGAAAAUGUCCCUGCGUUCAUUGGCCGCCUACACUCGCGUGAGCCGAGGACCGGCAAGCAAGAAGACACUGUUGGAGUCCCUGAGUGUCCUCGGCCUCACGCCCAGUACCACUACUUCUGUUUCCUCAUCUUUCUCCAAACUGACCGAAGGUGACACGAGAGCAUUGUGCGACGACAUGAAGGAGUUCUCUCAUGACUACAUUGACUAUGGCAACAUGGCAAAACAGCUUAUCCCAAGCACAAACACAGUCCAACACUGGUCCAAAAUCAUUGAGACAAAAAAUCACCUUGAGGACAUGCGGAAAAGUUUCAAGGACCCAACCAACAGUGGGGCCUUUGACAGCGCAACACACGGCCUUGGACUGGGAAUGCUGGACGUGGCUCUGGACAUGAUCGUUGCGGUAAUCGAGCAGCAGAUCCGCAUCCUAUCGGGCUCCGCCACAACGGAGCCUCUUGAAUCCAUUGUGCCGACACGCCGCAUCCGCAGGCGACAACGCCGGUGUCACAAGACUUCCCUCGGCAUCAAAGAGCAAGGAAAGGCCAUCUCAAAAAACAAAGGGCGAAGCAGAGCGAAGAAAAAGUUACUUCAGGAAAAUACAGUGGAAGUGGAGCCCUGCAAGACAGAUGACCUGCAAGGCAACGUGUUAACUUUGGUAUCUGUGGGAUAUGAGGCUGUUUCAACUGGGCUUGGAUCCAGACCGACUUGAAAUGACACCAUGUUUGUUUUACCAGAUUGUGCUCAGGAAGGACUAAAACGAGUCAAGACACGGGUGCUAUCAUGAAGUUUGUAGCAAAAUGCAAAUUUCUGUUGAUGUCUAACAGUAACACUUUAACUCUGAUCUUUUUUAUGCAACUUUUGUCUAGUUUGGAGUCCUUACACAACCCAUCCAUUUAUUAUUAUUAUAUAUAUUUUUUUUUUUAUCAGGGGCUUAGGAAGUGGUUGAAGAAUUAAGCACUGAACAGGUAUCGAACCUGCUCAAACUACUGGUGCAGCGGUUUUUAAAGUAGGGAUAUGAAAUAAGGUGUUGAUGUCUGCUCGGGAAUAGGUCAGCUUUUAAGGUAGUCUUGGAACAUAGGACCGAGGCUUAAGGUUUGACACCCAGGAUUCACUUCUUACAUUGAAAACCAUUGCAGCUAUUCAACCAGAUACUGGUGUAAUACCAAUAUUGCCAAAGUCUGUGAAAGGGCCUAAUGUGAUUGGUAUUUUGCUGUUUGUGUUCAGUUCCAGGUCUCUCUCUGUAUUACACAUGAACC